AAAGAAAGAGGCAGUCAUUAAUCUGAGUUCUGCCGGUUCACUGACACAGCUUCAGACUCCUUUCUCCAAGCUGGAUUAUCUGUUCUUGUUUGUUUGUUUGUUUUUUGGGAUUAAGUUGAUGGCUUGUUAUGGAAAACAAGCCAUUCCCACUUCUGGGAAAAAGUCAAAAGUUUGUGUUGGCACAGAGUGAGGAGGACGGGAGCCAGUAACAGUUGUUCACCUCAUCUCUUCCUCCACAGCCUUCUUCUUCUUCUCCUUCUUCUUCUUCUUCUUCUGUGAAAUGGGGGCCGGAGCUAUGACCAUCUGUCACAGCAAGACAGCGGUGCAGGUCAAAGAGGACAUGAAGAAGAUGGUGCAGAUACCAAUACUGAAACCCAGGCCCAUGGCAGCGAAGCAGGUCAAGUUGUUUGGAGUUCCACUGCUGGUUCUGAAAGAGAAGGGCCUGGUGGAGGACGGUGUCCCCCUGGUGGUGCGGAAGAUGGUGGAGCAUCUCAGGAGCCACGCCCUGUAUCAGGAGGGUCUGUUCAGAGUUAACGGAAAUGUCCGGGCUGUGGAGACGCUGAAACAGCGUCUGGAAGGAGGGGAGGACGUGGACCUUCUCUCCGAAUGUGACACGUGCACCGUGAGCAGUCUGCUCAAACAGUAUCUCAGAGACUUACCAGAGGGUCUGGUGGACUCAAGGGUUCAGAAGGCCCUGAUACAGCACCACCAAGGGUGCGGUGAUGAUGGUUCCUGGGCAGAUUUCAGAGACCUCCUCCAGGGGCUCCCAGAUGUUCACCUCAGCCUCCUCCGCUACCUCUGCCACUUCCUCACCCUGGUGGAGAGUCACCACAAGGACAACCGCAUGACGGCCCUCAACCUCGCCACGGUCUUCGGACCCACUGUGUUUCAUGUGACUCCGAGCUUUGAAGCCAUGAAGGACCAAAGUAUCUGCAACAAGAUCAUGGUGAAGCUCAUCCUGAACUACAGCCAUGUGUUUGAGACCCGUGAAGGCAGCACAGAAGAGCUGCUUUCAAAAACCACAGUCAAGCAGACGCAGGUGACAGAUGUCGACACAGAGACGUCACUCACCCACCUCCCUGCAGUGUCACCCACACCAGCUCCCAGGACAAAGGUUGGACAAAAAGGCGCAGAAUAUGCAGGACCACGACCUACGACCUCCGAUAAACCUUCACACGACAGACCGAGGAAGAGAAAGGUGAGAAAGGCCAAAAGUGAUGACACACCAGAAGCUCUUCCUCAGCCCACCUGCUCCGCUCACUUGUCUCAUGUGAGGCCUCACUCUGUGACACUACUUCUACCCCUCACCUCUGAACUGAGGAGCCCCAGCCCAGAGGCCAUGGAGACGACUCCCAGAUCCGAGGCAUCCUCAGAGUCCACAGACACCACCCUGCUCCCCGGCCAUCUCGAUGUCAGCCUCUCUGGCAGCGGGGAGACCCUCCUUAGAUGUAAGGUGGAGAAGGAAGAAGCUGAAGAUGGAGGCAGGCCCACAUCGCCUUUCUACAUGAGUUUUCUGGACAGGACCAUCCGUUCAGCAGUGGAGCAGCACCUGUUCAACGUCAGUCCUUCACAGGAUCAAAGUCUGAGGGAGUGUGAGCCCUGCUUGACCUCUCCGAAGGGGAGGCCAACUGCACGACAGAGACGCCGACACAAGAGACAGCAGCAGCAGGAGCAGAGGGAGGAGCAGGAGGGGCAGGAGCAGCAGGAGCAGCAGCAGGAGCAGAGGGAGGGGCAAGAGGAGCAGGAGGGGCAGGAGGAGCAGGAGCAGCAGGGCCCCAGAGAAUGUGAACGAGACUGGGCUGCACACAUCACCGCAGACAUCAACAAAGAGAACAUCCCGUCCAGUGGGAGAAGAACCUCAGGCGACGUGGGGGAGAACACGAGCAGCAGCGGCAGCAGCGGCAGCAGCGGGGGGCGCGGGUCGUUCCAGCCGAUCCUGGUGGAGUCUGAGGGAUUAGACCAGUGCCAUAGUUCAAAGACACAAAGUACUGUGGACAGUAAACAGUGA